AUGACCCAACGAUCCUCUAUCACCGUCAAGUCAGGGGGCACUCGGAACUUCAGUACUUCCUCAGCGAGCCUCCUCCCAGGCUGCCGGCCGAGCUUCAGCUCUGUCUCUGUGUCCCAGGGCGGAAAGGGCUUCGGGGGCGGCUUUGGGGGUGGCUUCGGGACCAGGAGCCUCCAUGGCCUUGGGGGCAACAAGAGAAUCUCUGUCAGCGGGGGCUACCGCUCCAGCCGGGGCAGCUUUGGGGGUGCUGGCUAUGGGAUGGGUGUCGGUGGUGGCAUAGGGUACAGGGUGGGGGGAGCCUGCAGCGGAUACGGAUUUGGAGGUGGGAUGAUGCCUGGAGCUGGAGGCAUCCAGGAGGUCACUGUCAACCAGAGCCUCCUGACGCCCCUCCACCUGGAGAUUGACCCCUCCCUCCAGCGGGUGCGGAAGGAGGAGAAGGAGCAGAUCAAGACUCUCAACAACAAGUUUGCUUCUUUCAUCGACAAGGUGCGGUUCCUGGAGCAGCAGAACAAGGUCCUGGAGACCAAAUGGAGCCUCCUACAGGAGCAAAAAAUCACCAGGGCCAACAUCGAGCCCAUGUUUGAUGCCUACAUCAACAACCUUAGGCGGCAACUAGACAACCUGGGCGGGGAGCGGGCGAGGCUGGAGACGGAGCUGAAGAGCAUGCAGGAUGUGGUGGAGGACUUCAAGAACAAGUACGAAGAAGAAAUAAACAGGCGUACGGUGGCAGAGAAUGAGUUUGUGAUGCUCAAGAAGGACGUGGAUGCCGCCUACAUGAACAAGGUAGAGCUGGAGGCCAAGGUGGACGCCCUAAUGGAUGAAAUCAACUUCCUGAGAGCUUUCUAUGAUGCGGAGCUGGCUCAGCUUCAGGCCCAGAUCUCUGAGACCUCUGUGGUCCUGUCCAUGGAUAACAACCGCAACCUGGACCUGGACAGCAUCAUCGCCGAGGUCAAGGCCCAAUAUGAGGACAUUGCCAACCGCAGUCGGGCUGAGGCUGAGUCCUGGUAUCAGACCAAGUAUGAAGAGUUGCAGCGGUCCGCCGGUCAGCAUGGGGACGACCUCCGCACGACCAAGAUGGAGAUCUCUGAGCUGAACCGGGUGAUGCACAGGCUGCGCUCUGAGAUUGAUAACCUGAAGAAGCAGUGUGCUGCACUCCAGGCCGCCAUUGCUGACGCUGAGCAGCGUGGGGAGCUGGCCCUCAAGGAUGCCAAGCACAAGCUGGCCGAGCUGGAGGACGCCCUGCAGAAGGCCAAGCAGGACAUGACUCGGCAGCUGCGCGAGUACCAGGAGCUCAUGAACGUCAAGCUGGCCCUGGACAUUGAGAUCGCCACCUACCGGAAGCUGCUGGAGGGCGAGGAAUGCCGACUCACUGGAGAAGGUGUUGGACCCGUGAACAUCUCCGUGGUCUCCUCCUCCGGGGGCACAGGCUACAGCGGGGGCAGCGGCCUCUGCUUGGGUGGGAGCAGCGGCUACAGCAGCGGCCUCUGCUAUGGUGGCAGCAGCGGUGGCAGUGGCUUCAGUUCCACCAGCGGCCGUAACAUGGGCGGCAGCAGCUCCAGCAUGCGUAUCAUCUCCAAGACGUCGUCCACCAAGAAGAGUUACAGGAGCUAAAGGCCCCACUCACCUCAGCUGCCUGCCCCCUUAAGCCCCCAAAUCCCAGCCCAAAGGUCUGCCGCUUUGCUGAAACCCCCUGCACAAAAUCAAUCCCGGCAGCGGGAGGCACAGGGAGCAGAGAAGUGGCCUGGGAGUUCUAAGGUCACUUUGUCCAUCCCUCUACCUCCAGACAGUUCCCCCACCCCAUUCGCUCCUCAUCCCAGAGCCCUCCAGGAGCCACAGGCAUCCAUUCCAACGAACCAUGAUCAACUGCCCUGAGCCAAGACCUGAGUUAGGAUUUUGCCUUUCAGUAGCUUCCAGAGCAGGGGUGCAGUUGGGUCUUCCUCCUCCUGUUCGACCCAGAUCCACUGCAACCACAGCCCUUCAUGGGGGGCUCAGAAUUGACCUUGGCGCCACCAAAGAAGUUGAGUGCAGUCUGGCACAAGCCAGAGUCUCCAUGUGUGCUUUCUCACUGCAAACAGAAUGCUUUUCCUGCAGACCACGCAGACCAGGAAAUGUUGCAAACUGCCUGCAUAUGGCCUCCUCACCUCCUCCCUUCUUGUCCCCACCCUGGCCCUCAGCCACUUCCCCUGACAACUCCCAUCAGCAGGGCAUUUGAAUGAGAAAUUAACAUCUUUCAAAUAUAUUACCAACUCUUGAUUAUUCGUAGGAGACUAGAAUAAUUUUAUGGAGAGUCCGAAAGUUCUCCGUGGCCUGGGGCUGCACUGGAUAUUUCAUAGCCAAAUUCCUUCCAAAUCUGCCUCAGUGAAGCCAAUAUUAGAAUUAGUGGCUCAAAUAGAAAUGUCCUGAUGAUGAGGCGGGAGGGGGUGAAGCAGGCUCUCAUGAGGGUAUGGGAAAGGCAGCUCGGCCCCAGAUGCCUACAACAGACACUUCAGGAAAAGGAACCGAAUUAGCCCAACUGUCCCGGGGAAGUCCUGCAACAUAGCCCUUCAGGCUCAGGACUUAGUGCUCUGUGCUGGCCACGUCUCUCUUCUGGAAAGCUUUCUUUCAUUUUACUCUGCCCUUCCCACCUUCUCUUUCACCCUCUCUCCUUUUUCUACUCCUCCUCUAGCAUCCUGUGUGUCUCCUCUCUCAAUCCCCCUCCUCCCCUCCUCUCUCUUUAUUUUCUCUCUUCCUCUCCCACUCUUCUGUUUGGCAAUAUGUUUCCUGCUUUCUCCCUCCUAAUCUUUUUUUUUUUCUACCUUCCUGUCUCUAAAAUGUCUACAGUGUGGAUGUGCCCAUCCCCAGCCCUAGCCAGAACUGAAAUCCUUGAAGGCAGCUCAUCAAACGCCCUACCCCAUAGGGAAGGCCCAGAGAGCAGACUUGGAAGGGAUAAGUUCUUCUUUCGGUGCUUCUGUUCACCCUGCGGGGAUGCCUUGCUCAGCCUGUGAAGGAAGCAGAGGUAUAGUGGUGGUUGAGUAGAGGAGUGGGGUAGGCACAGAGAUCUUUUUGAGGCUGGCCUUCAUGGGGUGGUUUCCUAUUUAGUGAGAAGAGUUGUAAACCUUCAAAACUCCUGCCAUGUAUUCAAGACCAAAAUGUAUUCCAAAGGCAAGUAGAGACUGGCCGCCGUGCUGCUGACAUCAGCACA